AUGGCUAUGGACCAAGAGGCAUCCGCCAUGGAUUCUGAAAUGGCAAUGAGGACUGCUCGUCUAGAGAAGCAGUAUGAGAAGACUCUCUCGGACUCAGCGCGUCUUCUGGAUGGCGAGAGAGAUCGCCUGCGACGCAUGGAGCACCUGUUCCUGCAAUUUGAAAAUGAGGCCCUCCGCUUGCAACUAGAGGAGUCAAAUGGACACCUGUUGGGAUUCUCAAGGGCUGAUUCUGAAGCAUGUAUUCAACUUCAGGACGCUUGUCAAGAAAUUGAUCGCUUGGAGUCAGAAGCACAAACCUCCUUGAAUGAGAUCAGUCGACUGAAAGAAGAGCUCUUAGCACGGAAGAGUCAUUCGACUAGCUACAAUACUGUUCUGGCAGAGAAGGCCCAACUCUCUCGGGAUUUUACUGCUCUUCAGUCGGAAGUUGAGCGACUCAAGACUCAAGACGUUUCAUAUCGGACCAUCGUGGCCGAAAAACAUAAGCUAGAAGAGCAAAACGAAUUUCUAGUUGGGGAACUUAACACCCUAGGGAGUGAGCUUGAAAAUGAAAAGCUUUCCAACCAUCGGACACAAGCCAAAUUUGAACAGCAAACAACAGAGCUUACCAAGCUUUCUGCCCGAGUUGAAAAAUUGCAAACCCAGCUAGCAGAAUCACACGCGAAACAGCAACAAGACCGAGACAGUCACCAACAAAACUCAGACUGGGAUCGUCAUCAGACAAUCCUUGAAGGGAAGGUCGAAUCGCUCAGCAAGCAAUUGCGUGCAACCAAAGCCGAGCUACAGAAAGCUCAAGCUGGACUCCAGAGCGCUAGUGUGAAAACAUAUGCUAUGAAUGGGUCUGAAGCCGGUUCGCGAACUGUCCCGCUUAAAAGGCCUGGGUCCAGUGAUCAUUCUGGCCUGGAGAUUGCAACUCCUGGGGCUGUCCGUGUGCAAGGAAAGUUAAAGAGAGAUUCAGCCUUGCCUGGUGAUAAAUCGGCAUUUUCUAUUACACCUUUCCUCAACCGCACAGGUGCACCAUCGGAUUCCCCAAUGAGCUCAGUGAUGGGUGACGAUGCCCAUACCCCUCUUGAGGCAUUUCCCAGGGGGAGCAAGAUCGUCGAACCAAAACGGUUUGGUUCAGCUUUACGGCGUCAGAUCUCUCCAACCCAAGAGCGCAAUCCGAUUGCAAAAAGCACCAAACCCAAACCCAAGGCCCACGAGGGGGCUGCAGUGGGCUCGGCACCAAAAGAGGCCAAAAAAACCAUCAACCGCUAUGGCAUGGAAUCCCCUGAGGCUGAGGAACUCUAUGACCAUUUUGCUGAACACGACCAAGGCAAACCAAAGAAACGCAAACUUGGUGGUCAGCGGGACCGUAGCUUGUUUGAGGCAGAUGAAGAACAAGAAGAAGAAGAACCUCGCCAAAACAAGAAGCUUGGACGAAAACUUGCCCUCGGUAGUGGUUUGCAGAAGCCUAUUGCUUCGGCUAGUGCACUUGGGUUUGGUGCACCUAUGGGAUUCUCUCCAUUGAAGCGAGAUCGCAAAAGACUCUGA